GAUGACAGCUGGGAUAGGCUCCAGCACGCCUGCGACCCUAGUGAGGAGAAGCGGCUCAGAAAAUGGAUGGAUGGAUGGGUUUGGGGUUGUUUUGAACGCCAUUAAACAGACUCACUCCCCGGUGUAUUAAAACUCACAUUAUUAUUCAAUGACAUAAUCAUAAAGUGGAAUAUUACAGUACAAACCAACUUAAACGUUACAAUAUGUUUCAAUAUGUUGCGCGUGGGUUUUUCUUGUCCUCUGUGCGCAUGCGCGAGUGUAAAUGUUGUCGGUCUCUAUGGCGACGGGACACUUAAUGCUUUUCGGGUUGUAGACAGCGAGAGAUUAUGUGGACAGCACAGGUGUCGCCCCGCAGACGGACAGGCUCAGUGUGUACGUGACACAUUUAGAUGGUGGAAAACAGCACGUUUGCAUGUUUGCUUUCACCGUUUUCACCAUCUCGGAAUACUAACGCAGGAACCGGAGGCGGUAGAUCAUGAGUGAGGUGGUUUGCACAAAAUCCCAGGAGGUGUAUGAGGAUGACUUUGAGAAGGAUCUGGACUGGCUGAUCAGUGAGGAAAGUUGCAGCGAGCAGCAAGGUCCCGACGACGAGGACAUCGAGGCAGACAUUGACAAAGAGCUGGCCGAGGAUGAGAAACAACAUAAAGCGAAGGAGAGAAGCAACAACGCCGAGGAGCAGGAGGACAAUGAAGACAGGUGGCCCUCACCGAUGGACCCACUUGAGGUCGACUCGGACAGAGACAGCCCGAAUAAGUCCUUUCUUAUGACGCCGCCUCCUUUGGGCGUGGGCGAGCAGACCGAUGAGGAGAAGAAGUACAUUCGGGAGAAAAUCCAACAAGCCAACCGGGAACUGCGGGAUCAGGAAGCUCCGAAUUUGAGCCGCGGGCGACGGCUUCAGUUUAAAGAGACAUUAGUUACGUUGGUGGUGCCACCGUUGCAGUUUGAAUGUGACGCUGGAGAGGCAGAUGGCACGGAGAUGGAAGUGUCAGGGAAGCUGUCUGAGCUGAAAUUGUCUCCUCGAGAGGAGUUUACCGGUGGGAAAAGAGACGAAGGGCUGAAGGAGGGAAGGGUCCUUGUGGAAAAAGAUGGCAGGUUUGAUCUCGUCAGCCUCAAAGAGGUGGAAAAUCAAGGCCUCCUCCCUCCGCUCGCACAGGAGCAGCCGGGCAGCCCCAGGAGGAGCCCCACUUCCGUCCCCUCGUCUCGUUCCCCCGCCGGAGCUUCCUCUCUCUUCCAGAAGUCCGAUCACCUGCGGGCGCCCAGACCUCCAGGAAGGCCCAGCUCGGCCUGUCACAGCCAAAGAGGAGGCCAGAGGAGAGGCACCAAGCGACGGGUGCAGUCGGCCACCGGGACGCCUUCGCAGGCCACGUUCAAGCUCUCGCCUCAGCAGAAGGAAAUGCUGCACAAGACCCAGGAGAGGAAGGAGAAGAUAGCCAGAGAGGCCGAGCAGAGGAAGCUCGAGGAAGAGGAGCAGAAGAAGCAGGAGAACGAGCUGGCUUUCAAGGCCUGGCUGAUGAGGAAGCGAGAGCAGCUGCAGCAGGAGAGGAGAAUCCGCAGAGCGCAGGAGAUGGAGAGGAUGACUCCUCGGGAAUCCAGUGAGCCAGAGGAGGCCUUCAGGCUGUGGCUGCAGAGGAAGCAGGAGCAGCAGCAGCGAGAGAAGCAGCUGGUGCAGCUGAGGAGGUUGGAGGAGGACGGCGGUUAUCUUUUACGCAGCCGAGAGGAGUGCGAACGUGCCUUCAAGCUGUGGCUGACCCGGAAGCAGGUGGAGAAGCGGGAGGAGCAGCGGGCGGCUCGGGAGCGAGCGCGCAGGUUUGUGCUGGAGGAGCGGCGGGCACGGCGAAUGCGCGACUUGCUGUGCACGGCCAGUGACGCCAGGACGUUCAGAUUCACAGAUCAGCUGACCUGUCGCUUCUGAAACAUGCCAACCAGCACCAGUCAACUUUAUUUUGUUCAUCAUCCUUUUUCUAUAACACUUCGUCCUCAUUAGGCGUACAGGUCAACUGCAGCCAAUCCAAGCUGACUUGGGCGAGAGGCAUGGUACACCCUGGACCGGUUGCCAGCCAAUCAUAGCAUACACACACACUUAUGGAUAAUGUAGAGUCAUAAAUGAACCUAACAUGCAUGUUGUUUGUUUGUAUGUGCCCUGCGAUUGGCUGGCAACCAGUUCAGGGUGUACCCCGCCUCCUGCCCGAUGAGAUAGGCUCCAGCACGCCCGCGACCCCAGUGAGGAGGAGCGGCUCAGAAAAUGGAUGGAUGGAUGGAUGGUUGUAGGUUGCAUUUAUUAUUCUCUUAUUGACACUGACAGAGCAACACACGGGCUAUUUUAAUAUGUUCGUUUUACUCUUGGACUGAGCUGGGAUAGGCUCCAGCACUCCCGCGACCCUUGUGGGGAUAAGCGGCUCAGAAAAUGGAUGGAUGGAUGUCAGGGCAUAUUAGUCCAUGUCAGAGCAAGAACGCCGUUGAUUUUGAAUGCAAUCAAAAAGUAGCGCAUGUCCCUUCAAAACAUUUCCAGCAAGCUUCAAACUUUCAGGGACUACAGUAGUGGCCUUGACUGCAAUGCAGAGUGUAUUAUUUUUUUUGGACAUCAUUUAAAAAAAGGAAUAUCUUUAUAAUUACAUGUCCUAGGCAAGCUAAACGAAAUAAGCUCCACCCUGAAAAGUAAAAUGUAAAAUUAUGAUUAGUUAGUUAGUUUUUACACAUCUUGUUAAACUUUGAGAUCAUUAGCGCAAAAAUUGAUUAGACAACAAAAUGUGGUGAUUUUUUUGUGAGAAAAACCCUGUAGUGUUUCCAAAACAAGACAACUGCGGCAUGUUGAUCCCUUGUUCGUUUUCCAUCAUCAAUCAAUUUCUACCAAUCUUUCAAACUUCCAAAACUGAUCUGUCGGUUGAUGUCAGACAAAGAACUGUACAAAUUUGAAAGAAUCUCUCUAACCAAGAUGCUGGAGGUAGCUGGUGUCAAAGGUCAUCCAGGGGCUCCUCUGUUUAAGAAUUGUUUGCGUGCUUUCGAGGUUUUGAACAGUGCGCAAUGAACUAGUUUGUUUAAGAAUAUGUUUAGUUUCCACGGUUUUAUAUUGAAGUGUUUUUCAUUCAAAUAUUCACUGUAAUUAUGCCUUCUGUAAAACUGCGUUUAAGCAUUAAUUCAAUAUUCUUGAUAUCCAGCGUAAGGUAAAUGUACUAAUACACACUUUGUUCUCAUUAGUAGGACAACUUUGGCAUACUAUUCGGUCAACAACAUGUUACUACUGAGGUAAAACUGUGCACUAGUUGACAACUAUGUGCUAUCAGUAUUUUUUAUUUUUUUACAAGUGACAGUUGUACUAGUAGUGUCAUCAUCCUCACUAGUCAGACAAUCAGGACACAAGUAGAACAACUAGGGUGCACUAGUAGAAUGACCGUGUCUUACUAGUAAACAUUUUUGGACUACUAUAUGACAUUUCUGCACAUUAGUAGGACAACUCUGGAAUAAAGAGAGAAAAAAACCUGGAAAUGUAUUUUAGAUAAUCGGCGGCAACGUUCAGCAGACAAUUAAAAUUUUGAAUCGCGGUAAAACCAGUGGCAGACUGAUCGGCCACUCACGAAUAGUCGCCAAACCACGCACACUUCGCGACGGUUCAGUCGGGUUCGGCGGCGUCGCUUGGUGUGUGGCAGCCUAUAGACGCCAUGAUUGUGAAAGUGACAAGUUAGUGCUUAAAGAAAUACCUAGAUCUGUCGGCCAAUCAGAUGACAGUUUCGUCCCGGCCUUCCUCAGCCUGUGUUUUAGAACCAGGUCGGGCGAGCUUCUGAAAAGCGGUGCCAUUGUCAUCGCUCGGCCUCGAAAAAGUGUAAUGGAUAAGCGACCACACGGGGCGGAGCGAGGCUGGAUGGGGGUAAAACUGGUACAAUGGAAAAGGGGCAUAAAUGUUACUAGUGAGACAAAAAUGUGUCCUUGUUGACAUUUGUGUUAGUAAAGGGCUUGAUGUUACAGUAACUAGUAGAGUUUUAUGUCACUAGUAGUACAUAGAGUAGUUUUCAACUCGUGCAUAGGUUUGCCUCUCUAGUAACAAUGUCCUACUAGUAUGCCAUAUUUACCAGUGAGGACAAAGUGUGAACUAGUAUAACUGGACCUUAAGCGGGAUAUCGAACAAAUGGCAAAAAAAAAGCUUUCCAUUUAUGCUUUCAGUAUUUUUAUUCUGUCCUUGAUAAGGAGGGUACUAGUGCACAGUAGUUUACUAGUAAGGUUUGAAUGCACACUAGUCGUCCAAAAGGGGCACGACUAGUAGAAUUUUUAUUUUUGACUAAUAAGACAGUCAUUCUACGAGUGCCCUGAAUUGUCUUACCAGUUAGCACAAAUGUAGUUUUACAUUUUUGUUUGGAGCCAGAGCCAUGUCAUGCUAAAAAAUUGUGUUUCUGUACUUUAGUAUUAAAAAAGAUGUUUUUCUUUAUAUAGGUAUUAGGUAAGAAAGAUUACUUGGCUUGUUACAGAAAGUUCAAAGGGCUUUUUUAAAAUUAUUAUUAUUUUUUUUAAAUGACUUCAGACUUUGUGCCCUGUGACUGACUGGCGAACAAUUCAGAGUGUAGUCCGCCUUUCGCCCGAAGUCAGCUGGGAUAGGCUCCAGCGCCCCGCGACCCUAACCAGGAUAAGCGGUGUUGAAAAUGGAUGGAUGGACUUCAGACUUCUUAGCUGUCUUCUUAAAGCACAUUCACCACAGUGACCUCAGCAUACGCGUGUAGAUUAUAGUUCAAUUUUAAACUUUAAAAUGCUGUGCAUCUUAAAGAGUAUCUUGACAUGAUGUUUACCGAUGUAACAAUGACUAUCCUGCAUAUACAUGUAUAAAAUAUAUAAAAUACAGCAAAUCUGUCGGAGCAAUUUGUGAAACUAUUCAAGCACAAUUAUGUACAUGAUAUUAAAGUUUGC